AUGACUGCGACAGCCGGGACCACGGGCAUGCGCCGGGUGUUGAAGUGUCUACACAUGAACGAGGAGGCAUACGUGUGGACCUUGAUGACGCUGCCGCCACUGCAGAAUGUGCGAAAGACAUUUGAGAAGGUGGAGUCCUCGAAGGUAUAUGAGGUGGCUCGUCAGACGGUGGCCAUGGUGAUAGGCGAGAAAGCGGGAGGGGAGGUCUUUGCAAGGACUGUAGAGCACCCCCAAAUAUGGGUGCACGGGGAUCUGGAGACUAGGAAGGAGGUGGAGGGGAUCCAUGGGUGCCAAGCGGGAGGAUACCGUGUGUUUAUGGGGACGAAACUGGUCUGUGAGGGAAUUGACCUUCCAGAGAUACGGCUGGUUCUCAUGCUUGGGUACGUGCCGAGUGUGCCGACAUAUAUCCAGAUGGCGGGACGGUUGAGAAGCACCGGGGAGUGCAUAUCGCUGUGGCAUUAAAAGUGUUUGUACAAGGAGUCGAUUCGUGUAUUCAGCUCGGAGCGAGCGACAUGCGAGUUUUAUGGACUAGGAAAGGCACAGUCAGGGGAGGGAGGACAGUAGCAGGAGGGACAGUCAUACGUCACCAACAUCGCACAGCCCAUCCACGGCUCUGUGUAUGGCAUAGGACAAACUCUGGUAAGUGGUCAACUGGAUGGAGAGGUGACGAUUGGGACUCCCCUCGAACGCCUCUCGCCUGUGACCCUGAACUCACCACAUGGCCACCCUCCCCUAGCCCCUACCCCGGAGACUCCCCCAGCAAAGGAGCAGCACACAUCUCCUCUCAAGAAGAAGCUAAGUACCACUAUCAAUGGCUGUCGCAGAUUGUUUAUGUUGGGAAUAAUGUGAGGAAACUGAUGAUGAUGUGCGCAUAA